AUGGAGACUGUUUACAUGCAAAUUUCGGUGAUGCUGGUGGCCGUGGUGUUGCUGCUGAUGGCCAGCCGGCUGGACGGUUCCCUUUCGCCGACGCUACAAGAUCUCAACCAGUCGCAGCAGCAGCUGGCGGUCGAUCUGGAGCCGGAGUUCGAGGGCACCAUCCAGAACAUAUCGUCGCCGACGGGCCGGGAAGCGGUCUUGACCUGCUCGGUGCGCAACCUGGGCCGCUACAAGGUCGGCUGGCUGCGGGCCUCCGACCAGACCGUGCUGGCACUGCAGGGCCGCGUCGUGACGCACAACUCGCGCAUCAGCGUCGUGCACGAGGACUUUCGCACGUGGCGCCUCCGGAUCCGGCAGCUGCGCGAAUCGGACCGCGGCUGCUACAUGUGCCAGAUCAACGCGAGCCCGAUGAAGAAGCAGAUCGGGUGCAUCGAUGUGCAAGUUCCACCGGAUAUAAUCAACGAGGAGUCGUCGGCCGACAUCGCGGUCCAGGAGGGCGAAGAUGCGACGAUCGUUUGCAAAGCCGUCGGACACCCGACGCCCCGGGUCACCUGGAAGCGCGAGGACGGCGAGUUCAUGCUGCUGAGGAAACCGCAAAGCCGCGAGCUGAUACGAGUUGCACCGUCCGUACGUCCAACAAGUCAGCUGCUGGGGGCCCCGCUCGGCUCGGAUGUGCAGCUCGAGUGCACAGUCGAGGCGAGCCCGACGCCCGUGUCCUACUGGCUCAAGGGUGGCCGCGUCCUGCCGAACAGCUUCGGCAGCCUAACGAACGGCAAUUACGACCAGGCGGGCCUCACCCGACCGGAAAUGCUGCUCGAUGGGCCCAAGUACGGGAUCGCCGAGGAACGGCACGGGUUCCGGACCAACAUGCGGCUCGUCGUGCGAUCCUUCUCGCCGGCCGACGUCGGGACGUAUCACUGCGUUAGCACCAACUCGCUGGGCCGCGCCGACGGUACCAUGCGACUGUACGAAAUAAAAAUUCAUCCGGGCGGUGUGCCAACAUCCGACGAUAUAAAAAAUUACAUCGGAGGGCUCGCGGAAGCGGCCCGUGGCCGUGGCAAUUCCGCCAGUGGCUCCUCGCUACACAUAGGCACGGGAACGUGGCAUCCGCUGUUGCUGCUGUCGCUGAUGAUGAUUACGAUACUGUCCAUGGCCCCGGGACGGACGAUAAGGACGAACGUUUCCGGAGGCCACAGCCCUGUCAGCAGCAGAUGA